AUGACUGCCACCGAGAUGAAGAUAUUCGUGCUACGAUUCCUGAAUUUCAAACUGAUCCAAAUAUGCCGCAUAUUAACGAUUGCAAAACCCAUUGGUCGUCUUGUCUUAUCGCCUUCGAAGCGUGUUCAAGCAGAUCGCGUUGAACGGUUUGCUACAGUCUUGUUCAAGUUUAUAUACUUUACUGUUAUUACAGUGGUAGGCUAUUUUAUUAUUCGCGAUGAAAAGUGGUUUCCACCUGUGCUUGGAGGAAAGGGUGUGAUUCGUGAAUCGUAUUGGAAUCUAAACAAAGCUCCGAGCUUUGCACUCAAGUAUUACUACUGUCUGCAGCUUGGCUACCAUUUUCACAGCUUGUUGUACAUGCUGUUUUUUUCGCCCAUGCGAAACGAUUUUGUUGAAAUGUUGCUGCAUCAUUUGGUGACUAUUAUCCUCAUUGGAGGAUCACAUCUUGUAAAUUACUGCGCCAUGGGAUCGCUUGUGACGUUUACACAUGACAUUGGUGACGUGACAGCCUAUGCCAUCAAGUCAGUUGUGGACACUGGCAAUACGCCACUGGUCGUUGUUAUGUACUUUGUGCUCCUGCUUUCGUGGGCAUACACGCGAUUAUACGUGUAUCCGUUUCACCUGCUUUAUAAUGUUAUUGUUGUAAGUCGUGAGCUUGACCCGCAUAUGGUCAGUAUCUUCUUGCACCCGGGCUGCGCGCUGAUGUCCAUGUUGAUGGUACUGCACGUGUACUGGUAUGGACUUUUUCUCGUCAUGGGCUACACACUUUUCCGUAAGGGUCUAGCAGAAGAUAUCCAGGACAAGUGUGCGGAUCUAGGAGAGGAAGGAGAAGCUACGACAGCUCUGAAGACUACGAAUCUUAGCUCGAGCGUCAAAGCGAAGAACGAGUGA